UUAAAGCAGCAUCCCGUGUCUUGAGGCAGUCUAACUUUGGCAUCAUGUUUUAUUUAGACUGAAUGUAGGCUCAAAGGGGUUGUGUUGAUUGGAAAAGAUAUUUUUUUUAUUUGAAGCAGUCUGGUUUUCCAUGGUUUCUUCAUUAUGGCAGGGCCAAAGCCCACUGGAUCGGUUUGCUCUCAUUUUUUUGGUUGCACUUUGAAGAGGUUCCAAAGCUUCUAGAGCUUUCUUUAUUCCACUUCUACUGGUCUUAUUGGGCCCCCAGCAGAGUUUGAUGUGGAUUACCAGCAGUUUGCUUUUUUGAAACAGCAGCGUGAUGUUCAUGUCUGUGUGGUACGCAAAGAAGAUGGGCAGCAGAUUCCUCAGUAAUGUACGGAAAGCCAAGAAGUAUCGACGUCAUAAGAUGGGAAACACUCCUCCAGUGGUGGUGAACACUGACACACUUGAUGGCUCGCCAUAUGUAAAUGGGACAGAAGGAGAAAUUGAGUAUGAGGAAAUCACAUUGGAAAGAGGCAAUUCGGGCCUGGGCUUCAGCAUAGCAGGGGGCACAGACAACCCUCACGUCGGGGACGACCCCAGUAUCUUCAUCACCAAAAUUAUACCCGGAGGAGCCGCUGCUCAGGAUGGACGGCUCAGCGUGAACGACUGCAUCCUCUUUGUGAAUGAUGUUGAUGUGAGGGAGGUGACACACAGCCAAGCUGUAGAGGCCCUGAAGGAGGCAGGUGCUAUUGUCCGCCUCUAUGUUCUCCGCAGAAAACCAGCAGCAGAAAAAGUCACCGAAAUCAAACUAAUCAAAGGGCCUAAAGGAUUAGGUUUCAGCAUCGCCGGAGGGGUGGGAAACCAGCACAUACCGGGAGAUAACAGCAUCUACGUCACCAAGAUCAUCGAAGGCGGGGCGGCUCAUAAAGACGGCCGCCUGCAGAUCGGGGACAAAAUCUUAGCGGUGAACAACGUGUGUCUGGAGGAUGUGAUGCAUGAGGACGCGGUGGGAGCUUUGAAGAACACAGCUGAGGUGGUGUACCUCAGGGUUGCCAAGCCAAACAACCUCUUUCUGACAAACUCCUACAACCCACCAGACCUCACCAGCACAUAUUCCCAUAUGGAUACUGAACUUAGCCACCCCAACUAUCUUGGCUCAGAUUACCCACAAGCCCUCACCCCCACCUCGCCGAGCCGCUUUUCUCCUGUGCUGCACGGCCUGAUGGGAGAUGACGACAUACCCAGAGAGCCUCGCAGAGUCUUGAUUCACCGAGGCUCCACGGGUCUGGGCUUCAACAUUGUAGGGGGAGAGGAUGGAGAGGGCAUAUUUAUCUCCUUCAUCCUGGCAGGAGGACCAGCCGACCUGAGCGGGGAGCUUCACAAGGGCGAUCAGAUCCUUAGUGUUAACGGCGUGGAUUUGCGCAUGGCCACGCAUGAGCAGGCUGCCGCUGCUCUGAAGAACGCUGGCCAGACCGUAACCAUCAUUGCCCAGUACAGGCCCGAAGAGUACAGCCGUUUUGAAGCUAAAAUCCAUGACUUGCGGGAACAGCUGAUGAACAGCAGCAUGGGCUCUGGGACUACAACACUAAGGAGUAACCCAAAGAGAGGCUUCUACAUCAGGGCUCUUUUUGACUACGACAAGACGGCGGACUGUGGUUUCCUCAGUCAAGCCCUGGGCUUCAAGUUUGGGGACGUUCUGCAUGUGUUGGACUGCGGUGAUGAAGAAUGGUGGCAGGCCCGGAAGGUCUGCCCACAGAAUGAGGCUGAGGAGGUUGGCUUCAUCCCCAGCAAACACAGGGUGGAAAGAAAAGAGUGGUCUCGUGUUAACACCAAAGAGAGGGACCACGGUCGAGACAGUGUGGGCACUCAAGGGAGAGAUAAAACCCCACACAGUUAUGAGACAGUUACUCAAGUGGAAGUACAUUACGCAAGGCCGAUCAUCAUUCUGGGUCCGGUGAAGGACAGGAUAAAUGACGACCUGUUGUCUGAGUUCCCUGAUAAGUUCGGAUCCUGUGUCCCUCACACAACGCGGCCUAAGAGGGAUUACGAGGUGGACGGGCGAGACUAUCAUUUUGUGUCCUCCAGGGAACAGAUGGAAAAGGACAUCCAGAGCCACCGGUUCAUUGAAGCCGGGCAAUACAACAGUCAUCUGUACGGCACCAGCGUGCAGAGCGUCCGCGAGGUGGCCGAGCAACAGGGAAAACACUGCAUCCUGGAUGUUUCAGCUAACGCUGUGCGUAGACUACAAGCUGCUCAACUUCAUCCCAUUGCAAUCUUUGUCCGGCCCAAGUCACUGGAGAAUGUUUUAGAAAUCAACACUCGACUGACAGAGGAGCAGGCCAGGAAAGCAAUGGACCGAGCCCUCAAACUAGAACAGGACUUCAUCGAGUGCUUCUCAGCCGUCGUGGAAGGGGAGAGCUUUGAAGAGGUUUAUCACAAAGUAAAGACAGUGAUCGAGGAGCAAUCAGGGCCUUACAUCUGGAUCCCCACUCGGGAGAGGCUGUGAUGCUGCAACCGACCUGAACUGCCCUCGCCUCCCGACCCUCACAGCCACAGACCGCCGCCGCCGCCAUUCACCCUUCACAGCCGAGCCAGCCUCGCCUGCCUUCCCGUCCGUCCUCCAGCGAAGUCCGUGCUUAGGCGAUCGCCGCUUAACGACACAGAGAGACUAAUGCCUGCGAAGAGCGGGAAAGCACGGGAAUCGACACCGCGAGGCAAGUAAGGAUACCAAAAAGGAGACUUUUUCUAAGAAAAAAAAAAACAACAACAACAAGGUGAACAAGCUGAUGUGUAGUUCAACUGAAAGAGAUCGGGAGAAAAGAUUUUAGUAUAAUUUUACUUUACCAUUUAGGAUCAGUUGGUAUUUAGUAUUAAAAUGAACGCUGGAUUUAAACAAUGGAUUUAAAUUGGCCAAAAUUAACUUGCGUUCAACAAAGAUCCGGUUUAAUGUUUCGGCCAUUGAAAAUCCACACACAGACGGCCACUGUAGGCAGACUUUAACUGCAUUUUGACCCUGUAUGUGAGCUGCGGUCCAGGUUCUGUGGAUCUCAAAAGCGUAUAGAUGUGUCUGAGUAGACUUUGGAAUAAAGCAGAGGGUAGACCUCACUUCUAUGUGACGGUGAUUCCUGGGAUGGAGAUGCUAACAAAAGAGCCUUUUAGCAUCUCUGUUUUUUUAAACAACCUCCUAGUAUCUUUGGAGAGUACUUCAGAUCCUAGCGAGGCCCGCUCCCUUGACCAGGAGUCUUUUCUCAGCACUUUUUGUCAGCCUCUUCCUGGUUCUUGGUGCACACUUGAAACAACAUCUCUGUAACCAAGGCAAACAUUUCUUCUGUUGCCCAUUUUAAAUAUUGUGAGGCAGAUUUUAGAGGCGUUGCAGUUAAUUUUGAUUAAAAGCUCAUUAAGCUGAAGCAUGCAUCUUCACUGAUGGAGUUAUCAGAGGAAAGAAAAAAAUCUCAGAAAAUAAUAGGAAAAACAAAGAACGGCUAAAAGGUGCAGUGUCUUGCAAAAAUAUUUGAACUUUCUCACGUUUUCUCAUGUUCAAACCACAUGAACAACCUUGUAUGAUUUGUGAUAGGUGAACAGAAUAUUGUCCAUAAUUGUUAAGUGGACGGAUAAGGAUUUAUGCUUUCCAAAGUUAUUUUACACAUAUAAAUUUGAAAAAUCUCAUUGUGCAUUUGCAUUCAACCCCCAUGAGUCAAUUCUUGGUAGAAACUCUUUAAAAAUACAAAAGCUAAAAUGACUUUAUCUAGUCUGGAAGAGUCCAAAGCGCUUUACGCAUCUAUUCACACAGUGAUGGGGGGGAAAGCGACUACAUUUUACUCUGUUUUGCUCAUUCAAACUGGACGGACACUGUGUGUCACGAUCAUCUUUGAAGCUUUGCCAGAGAUUUCUUAUUGGGUUUAGUUCUCGCCUUUGACUGGGACAUUCAGGCACAUUAUUAUUCUUUGAUCGCAAUCGUUCCAUUGCAGCUCCGGCUAUAUGUUUAAAGUCUUUUCUCGGAGAUGAAUCUCUCCCCCCAGUGGAUUGUUCCCAGGAUAAUCCUGCGCUUAUCUCCAUUUAUCCAUCAGAUUUGGCCAGCUUUUGUGUCCUUUGCUGAAGAAAAACAUCCCCACAAUAUGAUGCUGCCGCCACUCUGACUAUGUGUGGACGGUGUUCUCAGUCUGAUGUGUAGCUUCAGAAAGUUAUUUCAGCUUUUCUAUCUAAGAAUUCUUAUCACUUCUUAAUAGGGGUCUAAAUUUAAAUAUGCACCGCUGUUUUCAGAUUUUUAUUAAUUGAAUAUUUUUGAAAUAAUAUAUCCCUUUCUUCCCACUUCACAAAUAUGCCCCACUUUCCGCUGGUAAUACUCCAACAUUUGAAGUUUUGAGGUUGUUGCAUGACAAAACGUGGUAAAGCUCGAGAUAAAUAGAUCCUUUUGCAAGACACUGUAUGUUCUUCUUCUCUGCCUCUUUUUUGCAAAGGAGGGUUUUAGCAUGUCAUAUAAAAGAAGAGGAGUAAAGAGACGAGAGGCUGGCCUUGAGCGGAAACUGAUAAUCCGACACGGUUUGGCUUCUUAUGCACACACGCCCCCGCACGCAAAACACACGUACAACCUCGCAUCCCAUCCAGCGACCCUCACACACACACACGCGGAGUUGGACCCUCAGCUGUGAACCUGGCGCACCCCUCUGCAGCUGUUCUGACCUGCUAGUCAGAAUCCAGGAUGAAUGUUAUCUCUCCAGGCACAAACAGCAGAGUUCUCGGCUUCACCUUGCUGGUCACUCUUCCAGUAGAUCCCCUUUCAACGCGCAGACAUGCGCACUGUUUCCAGUGGCCGCGGUAUAAGCCAUUGCGUGUGUGUCUGCAUCCGUAAGCAUCUCUGCACGGCUGUGCGUGUGUGGAAACUCCUCUGUGUGUGUGUGAGGAGGAAUAGGUCUUCUUUUAUUCUCUCUUUUCCACUUUUCUCUGCUUCUUUCUCCCUCUCGAGUCCACACAAAUUAACUAUAAGUCAUGUUUAAAGACUAUAAAAAAAAGAAAUGGCCUCUAUAUAUAAAUAUAUAUAUAAAUAUAUAUCUUUUUUAUGACAAUUUCUAACAGGACUAAGUCUGUAAAGAAUAAUCAACAUUUCCAAAUAAUAUCUCAUUGAUUUCUUUGGGUAAAACAGUAUUUUGGUUGUUGGGUUUACCCCCAUAUUCUCAUUUUAUUGUUGUUAAGCAAAAAGCUACACAGAUAGAAAAAAAAAAA